UCCAUCCGUUGGUCCUCCUCAGCUCAGCUCUCCGUGUUUUAACAUCCGUGUUAGCGUCUCUUCCUCCAGCCUCUCCUUCUCUCCAUCCUCCCCGACGAGCCGCUGCUGGAGGCGGAGGAGGAAGAUGAUGGAGGACCGGAGCGUGUCCGCCUGUCUGCCGGGGAGGAUUUAACGCAGCGAGGGCCAAUACACGGAAAUAAUAUUCCUCUAAUAUUCCUUUAAUAUUCCUGUAAUAUCCCUGUAAGAGCGCUGCAGGGUCUCCCGGUGUGUCUGCGGUGCUCCACAGGAAGCAGAGCUCAUCGUCCUGCAUGGCCUCUGUGGCUGCAGGGUUCUGGGGUUCUGCUGCCUGCUGCUCGCACUCCAAAUUCUCCAGAACCGGCAGUCUGAAACUGGGACGAGGCCGUUCACCACCGGCCAUGUUGUCCAGUCGGAGGUGUUCGGGUGUGUCCGGUCUUGCGGGCGGAGCGGUGUCCCCGGGGCCAGUGGUGGCAGAGGUUGUGGAGCCAGGUGGGGGGUCGGGGGAGGCCAAGAGGGAGCUGUUCGAGGCCUGUCGGAGCGGAGACCUGGAGCGAGCUCGCAAACUGGUGACGGCCGAGAACGUGAACAGCCGGGACACAGCGGGGAGGAAGUCAACACCGCUGCACUUUGCUGCAGGUUUCGGUCGGAAAGACGUUGUGGACUUCCUCCUCCAGAAUGGAGCCAACGUGCACGCCAGGGACGACGGAGGGCUGAUAUCCCUCCACAACGCCUGCUCCUUUGGGCACGCUGAGGUGGUGAGCCUGUUGCUUCACCACGGGGCGGAGGCCAAUGCCAGAGACAACUGGAACUACACUCCGCUUCACGAGGCAGCUAUCAAGGGCAAGAUUGACGUUUGUAUAGUGUUGCUGCAGCAUGGUGCCGAGCCGACCAUCAGGAACACAGAUGGUCGGACAGCUCUGGAUCUGGCAGAACCGUCUGCCAAAGCAGUUCUGACAGGUGAAUACAGAAAAGAUGAGCUUCUGGAGAGUGCAAGGAGCGGUAAUGAGGAGAAGCUGAUGGCUCUGCUGACACCGCUCAAUGUCAACUGUCACGCCAGCGACGGAAGAAAGUCGACACCAUUACACCUGGCCGCCGGCUACAACCGCGUCAAGACUGUCCAACUGUUACUGCAGCACGGUGCGGAUGUGCACGCCAAGGACAAGGGAGAUUUGGUUCCUCUUCAUAACGCCUGUUCAUACGGUCACUAUGAGGUCACUGAGCUACUGGUAAAGCAUGGAGCUUGUGUUAACGCCAUGGACCUGUGGCAGUUCACUCCUCUUCAUGAAGCUGCCUCGAAGAACCGUGUUGAGGUGUGUUCUCUCCUGCUGAGUUAUGGAGCCGACCCCACCUUCCUCAACUGUCACAAUAAAAGCUCCAUCGACCUCGCUCCCACCGUGCAGCUUAAAGAGCGACUGGCCUAUGAGUUCAGAGGUCACAGCCUGCUGCAGGCAGCCAGGGAGGCCGACGUGCUGCGAGUCAAGAAGCACCUGAAUCUGGAGACCAUCAGCUUCAAACAUCCACACACUCAGGAGACCGCACUGCAUUGUGCGUCUGCCUCUCUGUACCCGAAGAGGAAACAAGUGUGUGAAAUUCUGCUGAGGAAGGGCGCCAACGUCAACGAGAAGAAUAAAGACCUGCUGACCCCUCUCCACAUAGCGUCAGAGAAAGCCCACAACGACGUCAUCGAAGUUUUGGUCAAACAUGAAGCCAAGGUGAAUGCGGUGGAUCACCUUGGCCAGACAGCACUGCAUCGAGCUGCUCACUGCGGACACCUGCAGACCUGCAGACUGCUGCUGACCGCCGGCUGCGACCCGCUGCUCACGUCACUGCAGGGACUGUCGGCUUCACAGCUGGGCAACGAGAGCGUGCAGGAGAUACUGCAAGCAGAGGGAGUUUUGAUCAGGAACUCUGAGGUGGACCGACAGCUGCUGGAAGCCUCCAAAACAGGAGAUCUGGACAUUGUCAAGAAGCUCUGCACGAUGCAGAAUGUGAACUGCAGGGAUGUGGAGGGUCGACAGUCCACGCCGCUGCACUUUGCCGCCGGCUACAACCGGCUGGCUAUUGUCCAGUUCCUGCUGCAGCACGGAGCCGACGUGCACGCCAAGGAUAAAGGCGGUCUGGUUCCUCUCCAUAACGCCUGCUCAUAUGGUCACUAUGAGGUCGCUGAGUUGUUGGUCCUCCAUGGUGCUGUGGUGAACGUGGCUGACCUCUGGAAGUUCACACCGCUGCACGAAGCUGCCGCCAAGGGCAAAUAUGACAUCUGUAAACUCCUGCUGCAGCACGGUGCCGACCCAACCCGGAAGAACCGGGACGGGAACACCCCUCUAGAUCUGGUGAAGGACGCCGACACGGACAUCCAGGACCUGCUGCGGGGCGACGCCGCGCUGCUGGACGCCGCCAAGAAAGGCUGCCUGGCCCGAGUGAAGAAACUCUGCACACACGACAACGUCAACUGCAGAGACACACAGGGGAGACACUCCACACCGCUGCACCUGGCUGCGGGCUAUAACAACCUGGAGGUGGCGGAGUACCUGCUGCAGCACGGAGCUGAGGUCAACUCUCAAGAUAAAGGAGGACUGAUUCCUCUGCACAACGCUGCCUCCUAUGGGCACGUAGACGUGGCCGCUCUGCUCAUCAAGUACGACGCCUGCGUCAACGCCACAGAUAAGUGGGCGUUCACUCCGCUGCACGAGGCUGCUCAGAAGGGCCGCACGCAGCUCUGUGCCCUCCUAUUGGCUCAUGGGGCAGACCCCACCCUCCGCAACCAGGAAGGACAGUCAUCGCUUGACUUGGUCACGGCGGAUGAUGUCCGGGCGUUGUUAACCGCCGCCAUGCCUCCCUCUGCUCUCCCCGGCUGUUAUAAACCUCAGGUCAUCAGCGUGGCAGCAUCGGCCUCUGGUGCUCCACCCAUUGCCAUGGUCCCACCACUUCUGUCCUCUUCUUCCUCUUCUUCUUCCUCCUCUUCCUCCUCCUCAGGUCUUGAAGCCACAGCAGCGGCUGCGACCAACAGCAACGCCACCGCAGCUUCUAACGCUUCAAGCUCGUCAUCUACACCGCAGCCCUCGUCUUCUGCGUUCCCUGAGAUGUCAGCGCUGCUGUCGACGGUCGAAGGCUCACUGGGUGCUGAGAAGAAAGAGGAAGUUCCAGGAGUUGAGUUCAGCAUCUGUCAGUUCUUGAAGAAUCUGGGACUGGAGCAUCUUCUGGAGAUCUUUGACAGAGAGCAGAUCACUCUGGAUGUGCUGGUGGAGAUGGGUCACCGUGAGCUGAAGGAGAUCGGCAUCAACGCCUACGGACACCGACACAAGAUCAUCAAGGGAGUGGAGAGGCUCAUCAGCGGGCCGCAGAGUCUGAACCCCUACCUGACGUUGAAUACAGCCAACAGUGGGACCAUCCUGAUCGACCUCGCAGCCGAUGACAAAGAGUUCCAGUCGGUGGAGGAGGAGAUGCAGAGUACGAUCAGGGAGCACCGAGACGGCGGCCAUGCUGGAGGAGUCUUCAACAGAUACAACCUGGUCAAGAUCCAGAAGGUUUGCAACAAGAAGCUGUGGGAGAGGUACACUCACCGCAGGAAGGAAGUUUCAGAGGAAAACCACAACCACUCCAAUGAGCGCAUGCUCUUCCAUGGUUCUCCGUUCGUCAACGCCAUCAUCCACAAAGGCUUUGACGAGCGUCACGCCUACAUCGGUGGGAUGUUCGGCGCCGGGAUCUACUUUGCCGAGAACUCAUCAAAGAGCAACCAGUACGUUCACGGGAUCGGAGGGGGGACAGGCUGCCCGCUGCACAAAGACCGCUCCUGCUACAUCUGCCACAGGCACCUGUUGUUCUGCAGGGUGACUCUGGGGAAGUCCUUCCUGCAGUUCAGUGCCAUGAAGAUGGCUCACUCACCACCUGGUCACCACUCUGUCACCGGCAGGCCGAGCGUGAACGGUCUCGCUCUGGCCGAGUAUGUCAUCUACAGAGGAGAGCAGGCGUAUCCAGAGUACCUGAUCACAUACCAGAUCAUGAAACCUGACGAGUCUGCAGACGGAUGAGGAGGAAGAGGACGAUGAAGGAAGUGUCAGAGGAGGAAAAUACGAAGAAAUGCAGAAGAAGAGAGCUCACCUUAUCCUAUCAGCUGAGCCAUGGCGUUACUAACUGCAUGCACAAAGAAAAACUUUAUUUAUACAAUGUAUAAAACAUGUAGGUUUUUAUCAGACGCCUGUUGUUGUUUUUUUCUAUAGUUUGUUUUAUGCACUUUAUGAACCAUGAGUUGUUUCAUGAUGUGACGUGAUGUGACUGUUGAGUUUGUCCUUUUGUCACUAAAACAGUAUCGUCCAGUGAUUCAGUGUGCUGCGGCUUCAGAGAGGACAUGUCACUUUCAUCACAUCAGUGUCAUAGUUAGACACAAAGCACAUCGCUGCCAACGCUUAACAUGUUGUUGACAGGAUAUCUGGGAGUAAUUCCAACCAGUAAGAGACCACUCACCUGUACUACCCAGUACUGACUGAUGCCUCGGUCAAAAAAAGUCAAACAUCUUGUUUUUAGUUUGACAACUGACACCAUUUUUAUUUACCCAGCAUGCAUUUAUAGGCAUUAAUAAAAGUAAAGAUGGCCACAUGUUCUUGAUCCAUACAGAAAUAUUUACUUCUUAAACUAAAGCGACUUACAGUGAGAUGUUUUCACAGCUAACAGUUGUUCUCAGAAACAUAAACCGUCACUGAAACUCAUUGUUUUCUGACACUGAUGUUAUUGGAAGUGACUCGUCCCUUCUGAAGAGUCUCUCUCUGACAAACAUUUCCACAAACAACUCUUAUGUGUUGCCUGGCAACAUCCUAACGAGGUGAAGUAUUGGUUUUAUUUUACAAAGAUGUUGUGUAAUCUUCUUUUGUACAAGCAUGUUAGUUUAUUAACAUUUAUAAUGUUGAAAAGAAAAAUCUCUGCUGGGGUUUGGAGACAGUCUGAAGACGUGAUUUUCUUUCUGCGGCUCUGGAGAGUUCAAUUCAUGAAUCGGCCUUAAUGAGAAGCAGCAUCUGAUUGGAUAGCACUGUGCUGAUCAGCCAAUCACAUGAUGUGAGAAAACCUGAAUAUGUUUAUCAGCAGCUGAAACCUUUUAUUAAGACAGACAAACGGCAGAGAUGUCCCUGAUGACCCACAAUGUCCCACAGCUCCCAAUCAAGGGGUCAUUGUUCAUUUGAUAUUUACAUUUGUAUUUAUUUUCCUAAAUCAUGUUUUUAUUUUAUUUAUUUAUAUUUUUAUAUUAUAAAUAUUUUAUAUUUUUAUUUAUUAUUUCUUCUUUUUUGGACACUCCAGGGAGUAUCAAUCAAACCGAUGUUGGUAAAUUCAUUUUAAAAAUGGCUGGCAUUUACCUGUUUUUACAAAUAACCUCUUCUCUUAUUCAGUGAUUCUAAUACGGCUGCUGAUGAUUGACCGCAGUCCAUCAGGACUUUGUAGGCUGUAAUAAGAACGGGAAACUAAUUCUUCCAUGAAAAUGCCAUGAAAAUGGUCAUUUUAGUUGUGAGAGAUUGACGCAGCUGUUCAGGUUGUUGUAAGUCCGGGUCGGCCGAUAUUUUGAUAGUUGACCAUAUACAGAAAAACAAAAAGAGUCGCGGGCCAGACAGUUGUAAAUGCAAAGUUUUCAAACAGUUACACGGCGAGAAAGUCAGUGUUUCUAGAUUAGAAAAGCCCAUUUGCCAUAGAAACCUAAUUUUCUUUCACAAUUAAAAUACAACACUACUAAACAGUUUAACAUAUGACAUUACAGUAAUUUAUUGGAGUUCCCAGAAGUUAUAAGAUGAUGGUUCGAGAUGACAGCAACAUCGUGUUUAAACCAGGCUGUGCGAUGUACAUACGGUUCAACUUAUUAGAAAUAUGCUAUUUAUGCUAUUUAUGAAUUCGCAGUGAGCCAUUUAACAAUGGGCAGCGGGCCACAGUUGGCCCAUGGGCCGUAGUUUAGCCACCCCUGUUGUAAGUCAACCUACAGAAAUAAAACCUUUUUUUUUUUCUUUCUAACAUAUUUCUUUGUCAAACUCCACAUGACUGGAAAACAGCUAACGUGACAUCAGACUGAAUAUUUUUUAAGUGAAGGAUUACCUUAGUACAGCUUUUACUCAAGCCCUCAGGACGAAGGCCGGGCUUUGAAGCUAAUUUUACAUAGUGGCCAAAGGUGGAAUUACAACAUCUGGGUCUGUCAUGUAAUCUCAUGUGAUCCAAAAAGACUUUUUCCCACAGACCUACACUUAAAAGAAGUGUCUGUAAAUCAGUGGAUAUUUCUGAGCAGCACAACCUCCGCAAAAUGACUUAUUAUUGUUCGGAUUUGAUCUAGAACAGCUGCAAAAUUAAAUCAUUUUAUCCCCAGUCAAGUUAGCAGAGUGCUAAACCAGGAGUUAGCUACUCACAGAGGAUUUUAUUUUUUAUCCUCAUUCAAGUUAGCGUAGUGCUUAACAGGAAGUUAGCCAUGCGCACAUGAUUAAAUAACUUUAUCCCCAGUCAAGUUAGCAUAGUGCUUAACAAGAAGUUAGCCGCUUGUACAUGAUUGAAUAACUUUAUCCCCAGUCAAGUUAGCGUAGUGCUUAACAGGAAGUUAGCCAUGCGCGCAUGAUUAAAUAACUUUAUCCCCAGUCAAGUUAGCAUAGUGCUUAACAGG